AUGCAAACAUCAAAUCAGAAAAACUUUGAUAUCAACACAAUUCUUUCUAUAAUCCCCUAUCCGCCGAAAAUUACUUCUCGGGAUCUAAUCAUGAGAGCAGGCGCAAGGCUUGAAAAAAAUGGAAAAAUAUCCAGAAUUCCUAAUGCAUUUAUCGCAUUUCGCAUGGAUGUCUGUCGCGAACUUCGCGCUAUUGGCGAUUAUAACAUGGGUCAACCUCAACUUUCUUUAAUAUGCAAGGCUUCAUGGGACAAUCAACCGGAAUAUGUCCGUAAGGCAUAUCAACAUAUUGCAGCAUCCGCAAGAAUUCUUUACAAAAGAAUGAUCCAGAAACGUAUGCAGCAAGGACAAAAUGAUAAAAAAGUGACAUUAUAUGAGCAGACGCCAUUUUUAGACGAUGAAAUGAAAGAAAGUCUUGAUUCCAAAGAUCAAUUUGAAAAUCUUUCUUUUGUAAAUAUGACCUCUUCCGAAAGGUUCGUUCAGGAUACAUCAAACACAGCAUCUGGUCAUGCUAUUCCUAAUUGGAUCCAUCAAAAUGAAAGUCCAAAUUCGACUAUUGAAGAAUCAUCAAAUUCAACUAACUUUGGGCAACCUGAAAUUAAUUCGAAUAUAACCCUUUCCGCUGAUUUACAAGAAACUUUUUCUACAGAAUUAUUCAACAAUGAACUUUCGUGUUUAGAAAGAGGCCAAACUUCAUAUUUUGACUCUUCUUUCGGCAACAUUAAUUUUGUUUCGAUGAAUUCGGAAAAUAUAAUGCAAUCACCGAGUCUUGAAUCUUUCGAUAACAGAAACUACGAAUUUCCUUUUGAUAACACUUUUUCUUCGACUUCUAAUAAUUUGAUUGAACCGCAACAACCAGGUCAACGAGAACAUCUAAAUAACAUUUUUAUUAUUGAAAAUUCCCAUGUACACGAUAAAUUUGACGAAGAAAACGAGAUUACCAAAUUGCGCUCAAAACAUCACGGAUUAGAAUUUAAUACGUUCGGCAAAAGUACGAAAAAAUACGAAAAAUCUGGUAUACCAUCGGACUGGGCAUACGAAUUAAUAACUCAAGCAGGUAAAUUGGGACUACACAAUACGAUAAGUAAACACGUAGGUCGUGUAUUAGGGUGUUAG